AUGUUUUGCGUAGGCAAAAUUCAUAAGUUGUUUAUCCCACAAAACAAAAGACAAAGGGUUCUCAUUCCCUCUCUUUUUUUUUUGUUUUUCUCUUUUUAGCGGUCAUGGAUGACGCAACGUAGCUUCUAGAAGAUAGAGUUGGAUUGGAGAGAGCACCCAAGUCCAAGCUGACAGUGGAUUGGAGAGAGCACCCAAGUCCAAGCUGACAGUGAAAGGAAGCAGCCUCUACUCGGAGAGUGGGAGUGCAACCAUUCCGGCAUCUGCUGAUCUGCAGACUGCAGCAGUAGUUCUGUCUGCCAAGCCCGCGCGGCGCGCGCAAGCACAACAUCCGACGUUGCUAUUGGUGGUGGCGAACUGGCGAUGGCCAUGGCCGCGGCGCCGGACCAGCAGCAGCUACCUGCAGGGGCCUCCUCCUCAUCUCCUCGCCUCCGCAUACACGACACCACCCUCGUGCCGCCGUCUCCGUCACCGCCGGAGACCUCGCUACCGCUCACCUACUUCGACAUCUUCUGGCUCCACUCCCCUCCCGUCGAGCGCCUCCUCUUCUACCGCCUCGCCGCCGACGCUGACGUCGCCACCAUCAUCUCCAACCUCAGGGACUCCUUGCACCAGGCCGUCCGCGCCUUCUACCCGCUCGCCGGCCGCAUCCGCCUCACGCCCGGCACGUCCGACCGCUACGAGCUCCACUACCAACCGGGUGACGCCGUCACCUUCACCGUCGCCGAGUACGACGACGACGACGCAGACGCAGACAUCGACGGCCUCACCGCCGAUGAGCCCCGCGAGGUCGCCAAGAUCGCAACGCUCGUGCCGCCGCUGCCGGAGGGCGGCGGGCUGUUCGCGUUGCAGGCCACGCUGCUGUCCGCGCGCCGUGGCCUCGCCAUCGGCGUCACGGUGCACCACGCCGCCUGCGAUGGCUCGGGCUCCACGCACUUCCUGCACACCUGGGCGGCCGCAUGCAUCAGCGGUGCCGAAGCGCCGCCCCCGCCGCCGCCUCCGCCUCCCGUCAUCGACCGGACUCUCCUCCCCGACCCCAGGGGCCUGUACGAUGUCUUCUUCCAAGGGGCGCCGAGCACUGAUGAGUUGGAGUUCGUCAAGAUGUCGGCCGACCAGCUCAUCGCCACGUUCGUUCUGUCCAAGGACGACCUGGAACGCGUCAAGGAGGCCGUGGCCGACGAGGCCGCGAGGCGCCGCGUUGCGCCGCCACGGUGCUCCUCUCUCGUUGCCACCUUUGGCUUGGUCUGGUCGUGCUACCAGCGAGCCAAAGACGAAGAGAGCAUCAGCGGCGGCGCCGGAGCGGGCCCGAUGGCCUGCUUGCUCUUCGCUGUCGACCACCGGUCGCGGGUGAAGCCUCCGCUGCCGGACAAGUACCUCGGCAACUGCGUCGGCCCGGCGUUCGCGCUGGCACCGCAGGGCGAGCUGGCGGUGGCCGGCGCAGCUGGCAUAUUUAGCGCGUGCGCGGCGGUCGCCUCCUCCAUUGACGAAGCUGUACGCGACAUCGAGACAUCCGCCAUGGACGUGUGGCUGGACCGCGUCAAGGAGGCAGGCACGAAGGGCACACUGCUGUCCGUGGCUGGCUCGCCGAGGUUCCGCGUCUACGACCUGGACUUCGGAUUCGGCCGGCCGGCGAAGGUGGAUAUCGUGUCCGUGGCGAGGACAGGGGCAUUGGCGAUGGCGGAGAGCCGGAGUAGGAGUAGCACCGGCGGGAUGGAGGUCGGGGUCUCUCUGCAGCCGGCUGGCAUGGAGAGGUUCCGGAAGUGCUUCGUGGACGCCAUCGCGUGGCUCCACCUCCACCAGAGCCGAGUGGAGCAGUCAUGACAUGAGUGUGACUGCUGAAUUGCUGAUAUAUACAUGAGUGGUGGGAGAGCGACUGUGGUGACCAGUAGAGGCUUGGAGCAGUGAAUAAGGCUGUGCAAUCACCAAGAACAACAUCAGGGACUGGUGGAAGAAGCAGCUGGAGGGCCGGUCAGGGGAGCGACAGAAACCGGACCACAAUUAUAACUUGCACCUUUAGGAAUGUUUGGAAGGAGCGAUGCAAACGAGUCUUCAACAACAAAGCACGCAGCAUAGAAGACUGCUACAGAUGGCAGCCCAAGAAUUACAAACCUGACUGAAAUCUGGUGCUACGCACCUCUCUUCGUUUCCUUUUCCCUCCUUGUCGCCUCUGUUUUGUCAUCUCGGUCUGUGUGUGUUUUUUUUCUCUCUGUAUAGUGUGAGUGAUUUGUAACGUUUGAAUCUUAGUCCGUUUGGUUGGCUGAUAAUCUAUGGUUGAAAGUAUUGUUUGUUGAUU